AUGGCCACCCACCAAGAUCCAAGGGGUGAUCUAGAAUGUCGUGUUGCAAAUGGGUGUCAUUGUCGAUUGAUUUUGGGGAUAUUGAUUGGUGGCCAAGAGGGCUCAAGCCAAGGACAAGUAACAAAAGAAUCACAUCCUAAGUUGCAAAAAGGUUUUCACUGGCCUAGUCUCCUAAAUUGUCAACCUUAUGAUGAAGAUGGACAAUCUUUCGCUAAGUUGGAGAAGAGCAAGGAUAUUGAGGCUGAGAUAGAGAGAAGGAUGACUAAGCUUGAGCUGAAAAUUUCUACUAUCGAGGCCUAG